CUACCUUCCGCAACAAUGUCACAUCCUUUUCCAGACGUUCUUUUCUCGCUUUUGCUUUGCUUAAGUACCCCCGGACCCUUCCACACCGCCCUCCCUUCAUUCCCUUCCCCAUACCCAUUCCCCCCUCCUCCACGCGCCAUGUACGGUUACCACUCCUCCCCAUUCCCACGCGCCACCGAUUCCCUGGCGGACUCUCCAUUCCCGCCUCCUCCCCCUCCACCUCCCUCCUCUCACCCGCCGUUCCUUCCCGACCACUUCUCUGGCACCGACUUCGACUCUCUCCACGAAACCCUUCGCCUUCUGGGCUCCGAAGUCAGCAACAGCUGCAGCAGCGGCUGCAGCAGCUACGGCUCUCCCUGCUCCCUCGGCGCUCAUAAGCCGACCCUGAUUCAGCGCAGCGUCAGCAGCCAUUCCCUCCAAAAGAAUGGGACCCACCGCGUUCUCUCCUCCGUCGCUGAGCUCUUGGAGUCCUCCGAAACCGGUCCGGUGAGGAGGGUUUACAGUACUGGUGAUUUGCAGGGCAACAACAUGGUUCAGCAUAGCUAUCGAUCAGAAAGUCCAUUGUCAAAUGAGAGCAGUAUGAUCAUCGAAGGGAUGACAAAAGCCUGCCGUUACAGUCCCGAAGAGAAAAAAGAGAGAAUCGAAAGGUAUCGAAGCAAGAGAAAUCAAAGGAACUUCAACAAGAAGAUUAAGUAUGCUUGUAGGAAGACAUUGGCAGACAGCCGGCCCCGAAUUAGAGGCCGGUUCGCCAGAAAUGACGAAAUUGAGAAGAAUUCCCAAGUUCAGUGGAGCCAUAUGGGUGGAGAGGAAGACGAAGAGGAUGAAGACAACUGGAUCAACAUACUUGAUGCCUUAUCUUCAAAUCUAAUUCCUUAAUCUGGCCAAGGAAUGAUUUUAGUCAGUUGGAUAUGUUUUCAGCAUUUAUUAUAUCAAUAGUGUGGCAAGUUAAUUUUUAGAUUGUUGUUUUAUGUGUACUUUAAGCGCUAAUUAGCUUAAAGUAAGCAGUGUAUAUAUAUAACUCUAAUUUGUAUUAGUAGAAUGCAAAAUGUGGAUUUCAAGUA